UGAAACACCCUGUAUAACGCCUGAUUAAUGUCACUCUAUUACCAAAAGGGAUAAAAGGAUCGCGAAUAAUAUUAUAUUUCUAUUAUUCCUCGAAUAUUAUUAAAAGUUACGAUCGUUCAUCGAACUUAAUCAUUUUUUAGAGACGUUUCGAAUCGGUGUUAGUUAUGGUAAAAUGAAUUCCAGAUUGAUGAAUGAAAUUCUGAAAAACGUAUUGAUUCUUAUUCGCGCAUCUAAGUAAAAAAUCGAGCUCCCAUCAUGAUUGGAGUUUUAAUUCUUAUUUUUUCAGUUUCGGGAAAGGUUGACUGUCAGACAGAGAUUGUUCCACUCAGAUCAUCGCUGGUAACUCUUCUUAAGGAAGUUGUUUAUAAAAUUUUUUCCUCAUUUCCCCAGAACUGGACUUACUAUGAUCUCAUACCUGAGACUAUCUGGAAUUUGAUGGGGAACAGGACAAAAGAAACAUCACCACAUGGCGAUCCACUUGAAUUUCCUAAGGAACUUUGCGGUGGUGAGAAAAAUUCCGAAUAUCUUCAUAUCGAAGGAAUGCGAACCAAAGUCAAGAUGUUGAUGGGUAUUGGAGGAAUCACAUCAGCUUCAUAUGCGAACGAAGAGAAAUCCCUCAACAUUGGCGGUUCAAUCUACAAAUGCCCCUCGCAAGGGCGAUCAUCGGAUAAAUACUGCGACACGGAUGUCUCCCUAGUCUAUUUGGAUGCCCUUGAAAACAUUUGCUUUUGGAAGCCCUUCAAGGAAGUCCGAAAUUUCGCUUGCUUGAACGUCGAACUACCCUUCACGUUCAACGAAAACGUAGACGGUAACGUGGUUUGCAGGUCAAAUAAUAAAUUCGGCGUGCCAGUUUUGCUGCAAUCCAGAAGCUACGUCAAAUUAUGCUCGAAAUUUGGCCAUGGGAAAUUUGUAUACUACCCAAGCGCAAACAAGACUGACAGUGUGGAGCUUCCACCCAGCAAUCCGUUUGUGAGUUGUUUGAAUGAGGAAAAUGAAAACCUGUGUAGGUUCACUUUUUGAUGUGAAGACUACGACAUUAAUAAACGAGGCUAGAAUAAA